UUCAGCUUUCCACUGCGGUACAGUACGUAUCGACAGCAGUCCCGCCGUAUAGCCGCCGUCCACGGCUCCUAGUACGCUCUACAAGAAGCAGCGACCAAGACUUCUACAAGCAUUCCAUUGCAACCCACACAUCCGACAUGAGCAACCUGGUUCGAUCGCGCCCCUCAUCCCGACAGUCUUCCCACGACAACGAAUUCAUCAAAGGCACAGAGCCGAUCCAAUAUGCCAUUCGCCGUGUCAAGAGCGAAGACGUCACAUGGUCGAAACUACGACCCGACAGCCACAGCUUGAACGGCAACAACAACGACGACGUGGACUCGUUCGUCGAUAACAGUGGCGGCCAGCGGAGUGUAUUCGCUGCCGUGGCGGAUAUGAACGCAGCGGCGCCGAUCUCUCGAUACAACAUGCCUCCGAUGUACCCCCGGACCUCCAACUCGGCAUCAGCCGAGUCCCACAAUCCCAACAGCGGCGACAACAACGCAUCGUACAUGCCAGAGUUUACGACAGGCGGCCGGUUCAAGGAGCCAUCGUUUCAAACCAAACCGACAUCGCGGCUGUCCAACUUUUUUCGACGGCGGCGGUCCAUCGCUUCGAAAGCGGAAGGCAGUGCCGCAAUUUCCACCGGCGACAUUUACAUGCAAGGGUACUUGUCCAAGCAAGGCUCGUGGCGCAAGAACUGGAAACACCGCUACUUUAUCCUGCGCAUCGACGAGCCGGCUUUGGUGUACUGCGACUCGGAAGAAAACCGCGAAGUGCUGGGAUGGGUACCCAUCACCAAAGACACUACCAUCAUGGACGUGUCAUCGGCCACAUCCACAUGGGCAUUCGAAGUGGCGAGUCCCCAGCGCGCGCUCUUGCUCGAAGCACCGUCCCCUGCCGUGUUCAAGCACUGGAUCGACGCCAUCCAAGACACGAUUGAUCUGGUCACGAGCCAACAAGACAACGAGGACGAAGCAUUUGCCCCAGUGCGGUACUCGCCCGACGUCCGGCUGUCGGACGAGAACCUCCUGUCCGCGAGGUCCACCAACACGGCCUACUCGGCGUCGUCCGCCACCGACGACAUUGCCAACGUAUACGAUCUGCGCGUGGAAUUGCACGUCGACGCUUGCGGCAAGGAUCGCAUGGCGUACUACGUCCUCCUCGAAGGCGUCGUCCAACAUGCCCGCGGGGGCGACGGAGGGGCGUCGGCUGUGCACAAGUUGGCGCAGACUGAUGUGUUUCGAUGCGUCGAUGCCGCUGCGUCCGUCGGGCAGUGCCGACACGCGUUCACGGUGCUCUUGCCGAUUCAUUCGGAUAAGCACUCGACCGUCCGGUUCUCGCUCUUCCGCGCGCCACAUGCCGACGACGUCCACUUUGGAAAGGCGCCGUACGCCGUCGCGACCGUCGACAUGUCGACGUUCCUGCCGCAAGCCAUCGCCGCCACUGGCUGCGACCUCCCCCUCCAUCCAGCCAAGAAAGAGCGCAUGGCGUCGUCAGCUACCCACCGCACCACGCCGUCGCACCGCACGUUGACGGUCAACCAGAACUCGGCCACUGGACGGACGCCGUCGUCGCGCGACCACGGGACGGACGACUGGGAGUACUCUCUGCACAUUUCAGCCUUUGCGCCGGACAAACGGGUGGUCGUGGGCGUCCCCGAGACGUCUGCGGUCACGGCGCACCGCAAAUACAUCGUGCCGACGGGGGGCGCGGCGUGUGGGGUCGUGGUCGUGGAAGUGAUCGCCGUGCCCAAGUCGACAUUUGCCAUGCCCAUCGCGUACCUGACGUUCCUCGUCGACGAUUUGAGUGCGCGGCUCGAUGUGUUGCGGCGGACGGUGGAUAAGCGCAAACUAGGGCCCAUCGAGGCGCAUUACGAGGCGCUGCAGGCCGACGCGCGCGCGCAUAUUGCAUUUUUGACACAAGAGUCCAAGGGCAAAGCGCACUUCAAGCGCAGCACGUUCAAGAAGUCCAAGGAGUGGGCGAUGGUGGCUACCAACAUGCACAUGCAGACGAUGCAAGUGUACAACGGCCUGGACCUCAUCCACACGUACACGACCAUCACGAUGGGCGCCGCCGCUGCGCACACCAAGGGGUUCUCUGGCGGCGGCGCCUUCCGCCUCAAAGAGACGCUUCACGACGUACUAAAUGAAGCCAACCGCCUGCGGAAACCCAAGUCCAAGGAGCAGGAUCCGUUGCGAACGUUCGACUUGUUCCAUAUACCCGUGGGGCUGCUAUCGUCGGCCAGCGGCAAUCCAAACAGCCCCAACAAAUCCUACGACCCCGUGUCUGUGGCCCAGAAGGCGUGGUUUGAGCUCGAAAUCCGGUACCACGGGCUGUGCAUCCAAAUAUUGUCGGCGACGGCGGCGCAGAUCGCGGCGAUGCUCGAGCUGGCCGCCAAAGGCAGUGUGCACCACGCGAUGGUGUGGGAGGUUGUGAUGCGCAACAACCUGCUCAUGGACUUUGAAUCGCUCCUGAGCACCCAAGGCAACGAGGGCGGUAUGCUCGAAGACUUCCGUGUCGCGUGCAAGUGGCUCGAGUCGGUUGUGUUUACGUUUGAAGUGAGUCCAAGCGUGACCGAAUCCGUGUCGUACCGAGUUGGCCGAGGCACGAACGCGCUCCUCAACGUUGUCGUGCGCGUGCCCGUGACGUUUGGCGAGCACUUGCCGUCCGACCUGGCGACGGCAAAGAAGUCGUUUCGGGUGCUCGCAGUGCUCUUCACGCAAGGCGUCAACGAAAUGCAAAGCCUCGCGCACGCCAUGCACAGCGCCAGCACCGCCAUCCAAGACGAAAUCAACCACGAGAGCUUUGAAAGGUUGGGUCAUUAUUUUGUCCGGUUCAAGAAAAUCAAGUUUGCCCACUUGCCGCGACCCCGCGACGGCUACGGGAGUCCGUUCCAGCCCAACGUGUCUGAGCUCGAAACCAUGUGGACGCAAAUCACCGCCAGCAUCGCCCACCAGCCCAUGCACAAGAAGAACGUGCGGCUGCUCAUGGCCACGUCCGAGUUCUGCCGACGCUUGGGCGGCGGGCGCGCUACAUGCUGCAAGAGCGGCAAGGACCGGACUGCCAUGUCGGUCACGUUGGAGCAAGCGAGGUUGCUGGUCCAAGACUUCAAGGCGCUCAACCUGAAGCACGUGAUUGAAACGAUGCGGUUGUGUGGCGUCCGGCGGGACAACGUGUUCAAGAAUAUCCAGUCGAAUACGUAUGCGUUCAACGAACUCCAGCGAAAACUGUUGCCCGAGUGCUACAAGCCACCCGUGGGCACGUACAAAAAGGGGUCGACGUAAUGACGGGAUCUGCUACUAACUAGAUGUUUUAAUUAUUUCCAACCCAAUAUGCUGUGCUUGAG